AUGGUCAUGAGCCUUGUGUUAUGGAUAUUCCAGUUUUUUCUGGCAUCGUUCGUGUUUCGCGACCGACAGUUUCCGAAUAUUUCUGUUUCUAUUGAUAACAGACGGCUCCAUUCUAUCAUGUCGUACUUCUUCUUUUUCUUCAACAUUCUUAUGGGUGUGUUUUCCUGCCUUGGACGCAUUCUAAAAGGAUUGGCACUGGGCCUUAUCUUCGUUUCGCGAAUUGACCGAACAUCUUUGAUGCUAGGAUUCCAGCAAUGGGACAGAGGCUUUGUUGCAUACCUUGGUUUUCUGCAUGUUCUGGUGGCUCAUAGGCAUCCCGUGAUGCUCGUCUUUUGUGAGCUGCUCAGCACUAGAGAGGGUGAUCCCAAAUCAGGCCAGUCACUUGAGUUAAGUAAGUAUACUUAUACUUAUACUUUAUUUGAGUGUCGUAAAACAAAGUAAUUUCUCUGGCCAAGCACAGACAAUCCAGCGGACCAAUAAAAUUAAAGCCCAG